AUGCUUCGUCGAACUACCGUUGUGAGAGGCCAUGCUACCUCAAACCUUUUUGCUCCACCGUUUUCCGGUCGCUGGUUUAAUCCUCCUCACCAAUGGACAAUGACAGAUACUUUUAUGCCGUUUUUCUUUAUUGGUUCGACUCCUAUGGCGAUUUGUGUUUACCUUUAUCAUGCAGCGUACAUGCCGCAUUACUCUCACUACCAAGAUCAAAACUACUAUGCCUCCCAAGUGUACACAAAAGAAUUUAUUCACAAGUACAAACGAUUAGAGCGUUGGAGAUGGUACUAG